CUUCGUGAAGCUUCUUAAGUAAGACGUUCAAGGGCAAUGGCAAUACACAAGGGCAAAUGACGUCUCAGACCAAGUAAUGGGAGGAGUUGGUUCUAAGAAGAGUGCGGCCAUGGCUGGGUUUUUUUCCAGGGAAACUACCGACCGGUCAUCGACUUCCAUCCCUUCACAACAAGACGAGGCCGUUCCCAUGGAGAUAGACCCUGUCGAGACACCCCCUGGCCAGGACGAGGGGACAUCACGUGACCCUGUGACCCUACCUGACCCCAACCUACAGUACUGCCGGGUGUGUGGAGUCUAUGUGCCCAACAGUUUCACUUCGGCUUACCAACACUGGAUGGGCAAACGGCACCGGCGCAGGGUCAGAGAGAUGCAGGAGGGUGACGCAGAGUCUGGUGACGUAGCCGUUGCCACGGCAACCGUCCGGUCAGCAUCCGACUCGAGCCUGGUGGUCACCGGACGCCUCAGGGGGAGGAAAAGGCGCCAAAACCAGGAGGAGGCUGAACAACCGUCAGACACGGAGGAGACACCUACUGCACCCACCACGAGCAGAAAACAGCCUUCCAAGAGCAAGAGAAAAGGCGGCACCAAGAAAGGCAAACGGAAACGGAAGUCGUCAGAGAGUAACAACUCUACAGAACCUAAACGGGCGAGACUGGACACAGACCAGGCAGAUUCCGACAGCCAGCGGAAAGAUUUCCCUAAAAAUGAGGGACCCAAUAGCAGCAGAAGUUUCCCGUCAUACACGGAUCUCUCGCCAUUGGCUGGAUCAAGUCACGUGACGGCCCCGCCCCUCCCUCCGGAUGACGUCACGCACGUCAUCUUCGUGGAUUUGGACAACUGGAGCCACUUUUUCCAGAAACUGCCACACGAGCUACCAAGCGGUUCGUUCGUGUACGGAUUCGCGGGUGGUAGUACCACCUGGCGGGAGCCUAAGAACUGCAGCGCGCUGACGGCUCUCAAACGGAACGGCUGUUUCUACAAGCAUCCGUCCUGCGGCAGGUGGAAGGACGCGGCUGACUUCGCCAUCUGUGUGCACGCCGGUAAACUAGACGAAAGGCUGUCCAAAGACAUCCCCUUCACCGUGCUGUCGGGAGACAAGGGCUUCUACGAGCUCGCGCACCAGCUGCGCAUGUCCAGCCGCCGGGCACACAUCGUCAACCCGCAUGCGCACGACAUGGACAUGGUACUGGGCAUGCUCAACAGCAUCGGGGAGACCUAACCUGUAGUAAUACCCUGUGCCGACGGGUGGCGCUUUUACUACAUGUUCACGAGGGCGGGAAAUGAUGAAAAAUGUCCUACAACAAAACACAUUGAACAUUCUGAACAACCCGUAGUCCCUAGACUUUGUUGUGGGAUCAUUAGAGGCCAAAU